GCGAUCGAAAUUCAGACAAUUGAAUACCAUUUUCAGCUUCCUCAAAACAAUACCAUUUGCAGCCCUACGUAAACGAAAAGUUCAAAAUUUGCAUAAACCCUAAACCCCAAAACGAAUUAUGGCAACAGCGUCGACAAUAUUCUCGGACUGCUCGUCGUCGACAACGGCUCGCCUUGUUCCUUUAAGCAGAAUCCGCAAUGGCAUUCUUCAGUUCCGCCAAUCAGUUUCUGUCGGCUGGAAACCUAAAAACCCCAGUUUAAAUUUCAUUAGCACACAUGGGAGAAGUUCGUCUUCGAUUGUAACUGUGGCAAUGGCAACUGAACCUUCUGCAACGGUUAUUGAUGGAAAAUCAGUUGCUAAGAAAAUUAGAGAUGAAAUCAGAAGUGAAAUAUCUAGAAUGAAAGAUGCCACUGGUAUAGUUCCAGGCUUAGCAGUCAUUUUAGUUGGUGACAGGAAGGACUCUGCAACUUAUGUUCGCAACAAGAAGAGGGCUUGUGAAGCUGUAGGGAUUACAUCUUAUGAAGUGCAUUUGCCUGAGAACUCCACCGAAGAAGAAGUGCUUAACUCUAUCUCGGGCUUCAAUGAUGAUCCAUCAGUCCAUGGAAUCCUUGUUCAGCUACCUUUGCCUCCUCAUAUGAAUGAAGAGACCAUCUUGAAUGAAGUUAGCAUUAAAAAAGAUGUUGAUGGCUUCCAUCCAUUAAAUAUUGGUCGUCUUGCCAUGCGAGGUCGGGAACCCCUAUUUGUUCCAUGUACUCCCAAAGGAUGCAUAGAGUUGUUGCACAGGUAUGGCAUUGAAAUAAAGGGAAAGAGAGCAGUUGUAAUUGGUCGUAGCAACAUCGUUGGAAUGCCGGCUGCCUUGUUACUGCAGAGGGAAGAUGCUACCAUCACCAUUGUACAUUCUAGAACAAAACACCCAGAGGAAAUCACUAGUCAAGCAGAUAUUAUCAUCUCUGCUGUAGGGCAGCCAAACAUGGUGAGAGGAAGCUGGAUAAAACCUGGAGCAGUUAUUAUUGAUGUUGGAAUUAAUCCCAUUGAGGAUGCACAAAGUCCACGGGGUUACCGAUUGGUUGGGGACGUUUGUUACGAGGAGGCAUGUAAGGUAGCUUCAGCCAUUACACCUGUUCCUGGGGGAGUUGGUCCCAUGACCAUAGCCAUGCUUCUAUCAAAUACACUCGUUUCAGCAAAAAGGGCACACAAUUUUGAGUGAGUUUUCCAGUUUCAUUAGUCCCAUUUGGGUGAUUUCUGUUCUAUUUAAGACACCUGUUAUUCUACAGGCUGUUCUAUUCUAGGUUGCAGAUCUCAGACUUUCUUACCUGUAUUCUAAAACAUGGUUGGUGGGUUGGAAUAAAAUGUGAUUGUUAAUUAUGAGUUGAAGGAGUCUUUAGCUUUUGUUGGCUCAA